AGCUCACUUCUCUGUAGUCACACUGCUAGGCAACAAUAACAGAAAGCACAGUGGCGUGGUCUCUUGUGUUUGCGCAGAGGGUGGCUAUAAUUUUUAAAUAUACUCUUCGUUUUUUUGAGGUUUAGGUACACUAUUAAACUAUGGAUAAUGAAACGAUCCCGAAGGCACGGCCGAGACGGCUCGAUCAGUUACCGCAGCGUGGACCACGUGCUCUACCCCCUAUGCCAAGUCAAGAUACAGGAGAUGAGAUGCCGCUUGCCAAAACCAGGAAGAAGAAGUCCAAAAAAGAUGCCAAUGGUGUGGGAGACCCAGAAGAGCCCGGGACGGAGAUGGGAGGGGUGGGGAGCCGAAGGCCGUCCGAGAGCAGGGAGCCCCUGACCCCUGAACCGCAGGACGUCCCACCACAGAGGAAGAAGAAGAAGAAGAAGGUGCAGAAUUCAGAUUUGGAGGGGGACCCCACGGGCCAGCCGGAGCUGGUGAACAGCGACGGGGCGGAGCAGCACACGGACGGGGAGGAGGUGCCCCGAAAACCCAAGAGGAAGAAGAAGCUGAGGACCUCGGAAGUGCAGUGCGCAAAUGAGCUGGGCGUGGAGGAUGAUGACAUCAUCACGGACGCGCAGGCCCCCAUCCCCCAGCAUUCCCUGUUUUCUGCGCCCCUGGGUCAGAGCCAGCCGGUCGGGAAAGUUUUUGUGGAGAGGAACAGGCGGUUCCAAGCAGCAGACCGUUUGGACCUGGGCAAGCCCAGCGACCAGCCGGAUGACCUGAUGGAGGUGAAGCCGCUGUGGACCACUCGGGACGUGGCCAUGAGAGUGCACAGCGGCUUCAGGGUGAUAGGGCUGUUCUCCCAUGGGUUCCUGGCGGGCUACGCGGUGUGGAACAUCAUCGUGGUGUACGUGCUGGCGGGGGAGCAGCUGUCCAAUCUGCCCAACCUGCUGCAGCAGUACCACCCGCUGGCCUACCCCGCCCAGUCACUGCUCUACCUGCUGCUCGCCAUCAGCACUGUCUCCGCCUUCGACAGGGUGAAUCUGGCUAAGGCCUCCAUGGCUCUGAGGGGGUUUCUCACCCUGGAUCCUGCAGCACUCGCCUCCUUCUUGUACUUUGCUGCUCUUAUCCUGUCUCUCAGCCAGCAGAUGACCAGUGACCGCAUCAACCUCUACCCAUCCGCCAACCAGAGCCUGUGGCCCCCCGGCUCAGAGCAGCAGAUUCUGCAGCCCUGGAUCGUGGUUAACCUGGUGGUGGCGCUAUUUGUGGGCCUGGCCUGGGUCUUCAUCUCCACACGGCCCGAGAUGGACUACACUGAAGAGUUCUUAAUGGCCAUGGAGGUGGAGGAGUACCCCAGACUAGAUGAUAAAGCUGAAAACCCAGCCUGAAGGAGCUGUAGCCAUGUUUGUGUUUACAAUAUGUUUCAAUAUGUUUAAAUUUGCAUUCUCGUUGUUUGUGGUAUUGACAGACUAAAUGUGUUUGAUGUAUUUAAGAAUAUAUUUUUGUAUCACCGUGUAUUAUAAUGUGUAUACAUGUAGAUAUUUUUAUUUUGCACGUCGUUUUCUUUUUUUAAAUACAAUGCUAUACUCUCCACU